AAAUCGAAAAGAGUGUUAGACAUUUACUGCAAAUAAUUAAGGAGAACGUGGCUUGAAUUGAGAUUGUUAUUAUCAAAUUCAAUGGAACCUUUUUUCAUUUGAUCACAAACAAGAAACCCAAUUCAACUAAACCCUAAUUCCCAAAUUCCAAACAAUGGUGAAGAAGAGAGUACCGGAUUGGCUUAACAGUUCUCUUUGGUCCUCUACUCCACCUCCAGACGAAGAUCGUUUCAACCGCUACUCCUCCAAACCCACCACAACAACCACCACUGACGACGACGACGACGUCGUUUCCACUACUACUACCUCCACCGCCGGAGCCUCAGCUUCCGACCCUCCUAGACUCAAUCCACCAGUCCCGGUCCCACCGCCUUCACUACCUCCUUUAAGGCGUGAGAUUUCAGAUGAUUCGAGGUUUUCUGAGGAUGUUGUUAAUGGUGGACCUUCUGCUGAGGAUAUUUCUCGUCAAGCACAGCUAUUGUCUGAGUUAUCGAAGAAGGUGAUUAAUAUGCGUGAAUUGAGGAGAAUAGCUUCGCAGGGUAUACCUGAUGGUGCUGGAAUUCGUUCGACGGUUUGGAAGCUCUUACUGAAUUAUCUACCACCGGAUCGUAGUCUUUGGUCGACUGAGUUAGCUAAAAAGAGGUCACAAUACAAGCAUUUCAAAGAUGACCUUUUGAUGAAUCCUUCAGACAUUACAAGGAGGCUGGAGAAAUCAUCUAGUCAUGACAAUGACGAGUCAAGUUAUGAGAGCCGCUGUUUGCUUUCAAGAUCUCAAAUAACUCAUGGGGAGCAUCCAUUGAGUCUUGGAAAGACUAGCAUCUGGAAUCAGUUUUUUCAGGACACAGAAAUCAUAGAGCAAAUUGACCGCGAUGUGCAUCGCACUCAUCCAGACAUGCACUUCUUCUCCGGGGACACUCAGUUUGCUAAAUCUAAUCAAGAGGCUUUAAGGAGCAUAUUAAUGGUAUUUGCCAAGUUAAAUCCGGGUAUAAGAUAUGUUCAAGGGAUGAAUGAGCUUUUGGCACCUUUAUACUAUGUAUUAAAAAAUGAUCCCGAUGAGGAAAAUGUGGCUUGUGCUGAAGCAGACACAUUCUUUUGUUUUGUCGAGUUAUUGAGUGGUUUACGUGACAACUUCUGCCAGCAACUUGAUAAUAGUGUGGUUGGAAUUCGUUCCACAAUUACAAGGUUGUCUCAGCUUCUCAAGGAACAUGAUGAAGAGCUAUGGCGUCAUCUUGAGAUCACAACCAAAGUCAACCCCCAAUUUUAUGCAUUUAGAUGGAUCACUCUCCUCUUGACCCAAGAAUUCAACUUUGCAGACAGUCUUCAUAUAUGGGACACCCUUCUAAGUGAUCCUGAAGGUCCUCAGGAAACCCUUCUGCGAGUAUGCUGCGCCAUGUUGAUUCUCAUUCGGAGGCGACUAUUAGCGGGUGAUUUCACCUCGAAUCUCAAACUGUUACAGAACUAUCCACCAACAAAUAUCAGUCAUCUUCUCUAUGUCGCCAACAAGUUGCGAACACAACCCUCAGCUUGAUCGACUCAACUCGACUCAUUUUUUGUUUUCCAUUCUCUUUUUCUAAUGAGUUUUUAACUUUGUAUUGCCUUUGCCAUUGUAUAUUUAGUCCCAUGUAAAUGUUUCAAGAGAAGCCAUUUAGUUUAUUCUCUCUUUCAUCCUUAAAUUAUCUAUUCUCUUUAGGUCUCUGUGACUUUUAAUUUUAUAAGAAUUUUUUUCUUUGAAACUUUUUAA